CUCCAUUUUCUGAUGGAUUGUCUCUGUCGAGAAGUUCAUAGGGUAAAAUGUAAUGUCACCCUUGUACCUACGAUGCAGUUAUGAGUAUCAAACUCAACCUACGUAUCUUUUCGCUGCUCCGCAAGGUAAGUCAAUGGGAGAGUGUAUGUAAAUAGCAAUGGUGGUCACAGGUACUUUUGAGAGAGGGGCUGGCUGGAAGUGGAAGAGAGACCACCACCUCUCAGCCACCUCCAUGGUAGCUCUGGUAAUAAUUAUUAAAAAAAGGGGGAGCAUGUGAUCCAAGUAUCACUUUUCUUCUUUCAGGAUCCACAUCUCCAAAGCAAAGGUCAUUCAUUUUUGUUUAACAUAUGGGCCUACCCACAUUUCCUUUUAGUGGCAGGAAGAAGAAGAAGGACAGGGAACAGUGAAGUUGGAGAAAGCGGAAAGCCAGCGAGAAAGCCACGACAAGGUGAAGGAGGUAAGUGAUAUAACAAGAGGUUCAAAUGAUGAUGGUGAGUAGCAGUAGUAUUAGUAGUAACUAUUCCGAAACUGGGAUGAAUGAUCCAUCAAUGCUCCAUGAUGAUCCCAUCCCCACAUCCCCAACCUGGAAGCUGUACCGUAACCCAUACUUUAUUAGCAAUUCAUACCAUUCUUCUUCUUCUCAUCACCACCAUAAGAGCCCUCACUUACAGCGGAGCCACAGCGCUAGCUCUCGUGGCACCGGCGCUGCAACUGCUUUCUGGGAUCUUACUUUCUUCAAAAUGGAAGAGAACCAGACCGUGAUGGAGCUCAAGGCUGAGCUGGACUACGAGCGGAAGCUGCGGAAGAAGGCGGAGUCUCUGAACAAGAGGCUGGCCAGGGAGGCGGCGGAGGAGAGGAGCGGGAAGGAAGCGCUGGAGAGGGUCUGCGAGAAUCUAGCCAGGAAAGUGUCGGCGGAUGCGGCGGAGAUGGAUCGGAUGAGGAGGGAGAUGGAGGAGGAGAGGAAGAUGCUGAGGGUGGCGGAGGUGCUCAGGGAAGAGAGAGUCCAGAUGAAGCUCUCCGACGCCAGGAUUGUCUGGGAGGAGAAGAUGUCGGAGAUUCUGAGCCUCCUCCACGAGAAGGGAAUUGAGGAGCAUUGGGGAAUUGGGUUGGGAGGGAAGGAGGAGGAAAAGAAAGGGAACGACGGUGAAGCUCCUCCGACCAGCCUGGCGGUGACCGGUGAUUCCCAAGCAGCUGCUGUGGAUCUGCCAGGGAAAUGCAGGAAGCUGAUUAUCGGCGGUGACAAGUGGUGGUGGGAUGAGGUUGGUGGUGGCAGCAGGGACAGGGGAAUUGCUGGUGGCAGUGGGGUUGGGGCGAUUGAGAAUCCACAUAUACGGCGAGGGAUCAAAGGUUUCGUGGAGUUUCGGAGAGUGGUCCGAGGCAGUAGUGUUGUUGGAUCGAAGAACAGCAGCAGCCGGCAAUGGGGGACAAAGCUGGAGUGCCAGAAGGCGCAGCUGAAGAUUCUGUUGAAACAGAGGAGCCCCAUUCGAUCAUCCACCAACACCCUUAUCAUUAGUUGAUUUAAGUUUUGUUAUUAUUACCUAUGAAAUAAGUACUUCAAGUCGUUUGAUGUUGUCCCCUGCCUCCAACUGCAUGGCCAGGACAGAUUUUUCCGGCAGGUGAGGUUUUUGUUCUGUUUGUUUGCUUGCUGGGUUGUCGUCGAGGAACUAUUGCUUCCUUUCUUUUCCCUCUGUUCUUGUUUUUGUUCGAGGGUUGGGGCAAUUGGGUAAGCUUUCUUUAGUUUUAAGGGAGCAAGGGUGUGGUGAUUAUGUUAUGUAUGUAUAUUGUAAACAGGGAAAGGAAAAAAAGUGGUGGCUUGGAUCUGACUUCUUCUGAGAAUCAAAUGCAGUAGUACUUAAAUUAAGGGGGGCUAGAUUUUAAAUAGUGGGGAAAGAGAAGAACGAUCCCAGUUCUUCUUCUUCUUCUUUGUGGAAUGUGGAUCAAAGAAGGGCAGAGGCACAUGCACAUGGUUGGCUUGUAAUAAAAGCUAGAUAAGGUG